AAGUCCAUUUUAUCAAACUUUUCUUUUGGUUUUUCAGUACUUUUGAAGAAGAGUGGCAUACAUCAUUGUCAUUUUUGUUCUUACUGUACAAUUUUCAAGACAGAUCUGACAAGGCACAUUAGAACUCACACUGGUGAAAAACCUUAUCAGUGUACAAUUUGUAAGAAAUGCUUUAAUCGGAAAAGUAUCUUAAAAAUGCACAUGCUUACUCAUUAUAAAUCUUGUAUGUCUGAUGAGAUAUUUCAAGUUUUGAUGGGAUAUUUUGCUCAAUUUAAUGUACAGUUUAACGGAAAUAACAGAUCAGUUUGGUGUAAAAAUGUUACUCAUACAAAAAGCAGGCUGAUCACUAUAUAUCCUCAAAUGCAUUCUUGCUUAAUGUGUAUUUUAUGUAUCAAGGAAAGCGAAUGUGGUUCUUACAGUAGCUUUUAUUUUAAUGUUUCAGCAUUUCUUAUUCCAAGGAAAGACAAAAAACAUCAGUGCAUUUAUUGUCACUACUCUGCUGUUAAGAAGAGAGAUGUUACUAGGCAUAUGAGAACUCACACUGGUGAAAAACCUUUUCAAUGCGAGACUUGUGGAAAGUUUUUCUCAAGAAAGACUAAUGUGUUGCGACACAAAAUAACACACAUCAAAUAACGCAUUGCAAAAUUGAUUGAGGUAGAAAGCUGAGAAUUGAAGAAUUAUAAAAUGGCAUCCUCAUAGAAAAUAUAACUUAACUAAAACGUUCCAUAACUAAUAGUUCCUCAAACUAAAACUGAAUAGUUCCAUAGAAGAUGUUCAACUUCAAAUAAUCACAUGUUGUCAACUUCUAUUGAUGAAAGGAAUGUCAUAUUACAGGGAUAGACAAGUUCUGAUGGGAUAUUUUGCUCCAUUUAAUGCUGUAUGGAAAUAUUAUUAAAGGUACUCGAUAGUCCCAUCAGUACAUAAUGGGUUAAGUUUUCUUCUAUAAGUGUUUUACAAAAACCGUAGCAACUAAUUGAGCAAACUAAUUAUUAAUUUUUGCUACUAUUUGUGAAGAGUUGAAAAAUUCUUUUGGUUUAUUAUUUAAAACUUGUUGAUUUAGCUUUGAUUUUCUGAGGUAUUGUAAAGCUUCACGCAAAUUUUUUUGACAUAUAAGAUUCAUUCUGAGCUAUUAUUGAUUCGCAGAUUAUAUGAUUGCUGAUGAAAGUCAUUUUAGGGUAUUCUCUUAGCUUCAGGAAAACUUGAGUUUUUAUUGUGCUUUAAGAAAUUUUGAAGCUAAAACUAUUAUUUUAUAAGUUGCUAUUAUUACAACUAACAGUUUUUAAAGAAAUUUUGCUUGUAAAUAUUUUCUACUCUUAGAUAAUUCAAAACAUCUAUAUUAACUUAAAUUGAAUGUUUAGCAGCAAUUUUUGCUCAUGACAGCAUUAGUUUAGUUUUAAAUUUCUUUUUAAUGUGUACUAUUACUUUACUGUAUAAUAUUUGAAAUA